UGCGUAGACGCCCAUAGCCUGUAUGAUCGUGGUCCGGCCACAGAGAUGCUAAUGUAUUAGAAGGGUAUGCGCAUGUGUGAGUGCUUACUUGUCAUUGGUUGCUCCGGAGUGUUUCCGGGAAUCGUGAGUAACCGAAACGCGCUUCUGAAGUGUGACGUGUAUUUCGAGUCAUUUCGUGAGUUCCACUUGUUCUGCGAUCGCCGAUUGUGCGUAGGACAUAGGUUAGUAAAGAGUGGUGAAGAGCAUUUCCGAUUAACAGGACGUUUCUAAUUACGCAGUUCUGUGGGCUUGGCUGUAUUGUCGGCCUUGUAAUUUCAGCCUAAAUCGUGCAUAGGAAACGGUUUUAUUUUGCCCGACUUCGCCUGAGUAAAUCAAAAGUAAACAAAAUGACGUUCGUUUCGCCGAUGCCGAGUCGUGAAUUUCUUUGGGAUGUCUUCCAAAGAGUUGAUAAAGACCAUUCUGGAGCAAUAACAGCCGAAGAACUUCAAGUAGCUCUUUCUAAUGGAACCUGGACUCCGUUCAAUCCUGAAACAGUUCGUUUGAUGAUUGGUAUGUUUGAUAUUGACAAAAUCGAUCCUGCUUCUCCAGGUAUGUUUGACAAAAACCAAACUGGAACGGUCAGCUUUGAAGAAUUUGGAGCUUUGUGGAAAUACGUUACUGAUUGGCAGAGUUGCUUUCGUUCAUUUGAUCGUGACAAUAGCGGAAAUAUUGAUCGUGAUGAACUCAAAACUGCACUUACCAAUUUUGGAUACCGUUUGUCAGACCAUAUAAUCAAUACGCUUAUACGGAAGUAUGAUCGUGGCGGCAGGGGGACUAUAUAUUUUGACGAUUUUAUCCAAUGUUGCAUCGUUCUAUAUACAUUGACAUCAGCCUUUAGACAGUUUGACACCGAUCAAGAUGGAGUGAUAACAAUCCACUACGAGCAAUUCCUUGGGAUGGUAUUUAAUCUUAAAGUUUGAAGAAGAAUAUAUACAGAGUAUAUGUUCUAAGUAUUUUGUGGCACAUUCUCAUAAUUACUAUAAUAUUAUUAUUUUUAGUAUUGUUAUAUUCAGAAGAAUGUAAAACUAUUAUCAAUAUCGUUAUUGAUGUAUUUACAUCUAGUGCAACUGAUCUUAUAUUUGUGAUUAAACAAGUCCCAAUUGUGUUUUUUUCGCACUAUUACACUUAUCUAAUGUAUAAACAUGUAUUCCAGAAGCUUUCAUAGAUUACGUUCUUGCAUUAAUUACAUUCACUGCUGUUUCUCCAUACAGUAAUGCUACAUUAUUUUUAUAUGCAAAAUUUUAUUAAUUAUAUUAUUGGUCGUGGCUAAUAACUAUUGGUAUACAUAUAUGUAUAUAGGUGAUAAUACAUACACCACUAUAUCUUUACUAAUUAUAAUUAAUCAAUAUUAUUAUGCAAAUGCCAAUUUAUCAAAUAUGUUAUCUUUCGUAAGCAAAACCUAAGUGACGAAAAUAUUACCGUGAUAUCUCUUGUUCCUCUAGCCUAUUAAAUUAGGUAAGCAUGUUGCGGACUGCUUUAAAAAUAUGUCGUUAACUUUGGCACACGUUUUAAUAAGCAUUUACACCAAGAAUGUAUCAAGUAAGCAAAUGUGGUUAGAUGUAAUGAAAAACGAUAAAACAAAUUUGUAUUAAAUUUUUUGUGGAUUUUAAUCGACAAAAUGAUCGGAAUGGCGUUAUUUUCAACUUGAGCCAGUCAUAAUAUGAUUUAAAAAAUUUAUAUCACGAAUCAUCGGACACAAAUGGAUAUUUUUUUGAGUACGAUUCGGAAUUCGAAGUGGAAUGUGUGUCAAGAUUUUUUACAAAGUGAGAAUGUGUCAGAUACAAUAAAAUCUCUGCCAAACAAUUCUAACUACCUGGAAACGUUAUAAACUUUCAAUUACAGCCUUUGAUAUUUGCAAAUAAAAACUACAUGAAAGAUGUAGCAAAAUUUUAUAUUAUAUACAUUUAACUUUGUAUAUGCCACUUUUUUUUACAAAUACCGGUUGAUGAUGAGACAAAUGGUGCCAAAGUGAUACUAUGGAGCUUGUAUUCACUUUCACUAUGCAUACAUUCUCUGAUAAGAAUUAAUGAAUUCUCAUGUGGAUUUUCUAAAUAUGCUUGAGCUACAAAUGUAAAUGUACAAAUAAAUGUACAGGAGUUGUUAAAUUGUUAGAUUUUUUAAAAAAAUGUAUCGAAAUAUUCUUGCCUAAAGUUAUAUUUCGUUUUCAGAGAUAUCUAUGGUUCAAGUUCUAACUUUUUAUGUAGCUCACGCAGAGCGCCCAAAUCUAUAUCAGCAUUAUUAUUUAAGAAUGACAUAUAGUUUCACCAUUUAUUAGUGAAAUCCUUCUGUGUAUAACACUAUGUUAUAUCAUUGACCGAUUGCCAAGAUCUAACAAUGAAAUGUGUCAAUGUCAAUUAUGCCAAUGUAUCAAAAGAGUACUAACUGAGUAAACA